AUGAUGUCCCUUUUGCAGUACCUCAGCGUGAGGACAGGGCUGCUGGCGGGGGGGAUACCAUCGCUGCCGGCGCCACGUCCCCGGCCGCCGGUGCCGGAUCCCCUGCGCUGCAGCGCCGUCAAUCGCGACGUGACGGUCAUCAAGAACACCGAGCCCGAUCCCCUGGAACAUGUGCUGGACGCUGCUGACGACGAUUGCGACGACGAUAGUAAGGCGGCUAGAAACCAGUUUCGUGCGCGCACCGUCAAGGGAGGCAACAACGGCGUCGCGCUCCGACAGUAUGCCGAAGCGACUCUCGGAGGAGGCAGUCUCAGGAAGGUCGUGAAGCUGCCCGAGGGCGAAGACGAGAACGAAUGGCUGGCGGUCAACAUGGUCGACUUUUACAACCAGAUCAACCUUCUCUACGGCGCCAUCACCGAGUUCUGCUCUCCUCAGUCGUGUCCCGAGAUGAAAGCCACGGACGAAUUCGAGUAUCUCUGGCAGGAUAGCGACCAGUACAAGAAACCGACCCACAUGUCAGCGCCUGACUACAUCGAGCACCUCAUGACCUGGGUCCAGAGUACCAUCGACAACGAGACGAUGAUGCCCAGCAGAAUCGGUGUUCCCUUCCCGAAGAACUUCUCGUCGCACGUGCGCCAGAUCUUCAAGCGCAUGUACCGGGUCUACGCCCAUGUGUACUGUCACCACUACGCCGUCAUCAGGGAGCUCGGUCUCGAGCCCCAUCUCAACACCAGCUUCAAACAGUACGUGCUGUUCGUCGACGAGCACAAGCUCGCCAGCGGCAAGGACUUUUACGGCCCGUUGAAUGACCUUGCGGAGAAGAUGAUUGAGAGCGAUUGA